AUGCGUUCAAACACCGUCAUCACCAGCGUGCUGGCGACAGCAUCUCUGCUUUCCACUACCAUUGCGAAACCGAUUUUCAGUCCAAAGAUAUUCACCUCCUUGGCGGGCCCUGCAGAACCCCAACUCGCGGUAUAUUGGGGACAAGGACCGGGACAGAAACGGUUGGCCGAAUUCUGUGCGGACACGACCUUGGAUAUCAUUCCCAUUGGUUUCGUCAACAUCUUCCCCGACGAGACAAACGGACCAGGAAACAACUAUGGAAAUGCGUGCGGCAGCGAGCUUUGGGUGACCCCCGAUGGCAAGCAGACUCAGAUGCUCACCCAAUGUUCACAAAUCGCCGAGGAUAUCAAGACUUGUCAAGAUGCCGGCAAGAAGAUCUUCGCAUCCAUCGGAGGCGCAUCCCCUGGAGGGAACUUCCUCGCCUCGAAGGAAUCUGCCGUCGCAUUCGCCGACUUCCUCUGGGGUUCGUUUGGCCCUCUCCAGGACCCUAGCUUGAAGGACUAUCCCCGGCCCUUUGGCACGGACACCGUUGUGGAUGGUUUCGACCUUGACCUCGAAUCGGGGCCUGACAGCUUCUAUUCUGACUUGGUCAACGAAUUGAGGGCCAAAUUCGCUGAGAGCACCGGCACAUAUUACAUCUCAGCUGCUCCCCAAUGCGUUGUGCCAGACGCUCACCUCGAAGAUGCGAUCGCGAACUCCUAUAUUGAUUAUCUGUUCAUCCAAUUCUACAACACUGACUCCUGCUCCGCAGCCUCGCUAUUCAGCUCGGGCUCGCUGAACACAAACACCGACAUCACAUUUGGUUGGCUACAGUGGCUCGCGGACAAUUCGCAGAACAAGAAUAUCAAGAUAUUCCUCGGUCUGCCUGCGUCGACUAGCGCCGCUCAUUCGCAAGACUACCUAAGCAUUAGCAAGGCCAAGUCCUUGAUCGAGGAAUAUGCAUGCUCCGAUACCUACUCGUCUUCCUUCGGAGGUGUCAUGCUCUGGGACGCAACCUACUCGGAGCAGAACACCGAUCCGGAACUCAAUGGACAGAGCUACGCGUACAACAUCAAGGAACUCUUUGGUCAGCUCUCUUGCGCGAAGACACCCCAGGCGCCAGCUACCUCGACAACCACCGUCACCACCAUGGCUACCACAUCAUCUUUGACCACUAGCACGACGGUGUCUGCUUCUCCAACGACGGUUGCUGCUCCUGCAACUUCCACCUCAGCCUCGACAACCACUUCCACCACCACUCAUGAGUAUGUCCCUGGCACCACCACCAGCAGCACAACUUGGGCUUCUCCCGCUGCCACUAGCUCGAGCAGCACGACAUCCACUUCCAGCUAUAGUCAUGUUGACGUUGGCGGUACAACCUCUUUGAGCAGCUCAGCCUCCACCACCAGCUCGCACGGCGUACACGUUGGCGUGCCCUCAUCCAGCAGCUCCAGCAGCGCCAGCAGCGCCAGCAGCACCACAACGUCCGCCACCCACCAAGCACGCGAUGAGACCACGUCCAGCAGCUCCAGCACGACCACCACCACCUACAGCCAUCGUGUUGGAGAUGUCACUUCAACUAGCAGCCCGGGAGCCGCCACAACAACCUCGACCUACUCCCAUGGCCAUGGCGACUCGCACUCCAGCCCCACCUCCUCGGCUGCUGUCAGCUCCACUACCAGCAGCUACUACUGGGGUGACUGGACCACCUCUGACAGCAAGCCGGUUGAUGCGGCAACGACGAGUGCCGCCACUACAUCAAGCUUUGAUUGGGCUGACUGGGAGGCCUCCAAAUCCUCUUCGACAAGCAAACCAGUUGACCCGGCAACGACCACCUCCAGCUUCGACUGGGCUGACUGGGAGGCCUCCAAGACCAGCACCACCACCUCCAGCAAGCCCGUGAAGGCCGCCUCAACCUCCACGUCGAGCAACUUCGACUGGGCUGACUGGGAAAAGACCGCCUCGACGGGAAGCUAUACACCACCAACUGCCACCGCCAUCAUGACCCAGACCGUCGUGCCUGUCAAGCCGUCUGAUGGCGCUGCCGUGGUCGAUCACCCCUCCGGCCUCUUCAGCGGCUACACUGGCCCAUCUUUCGUGGUCUCUACGGCCGUGAAGCCGGCCGAGACCUCAGUAGCAACGGCGUCCGGAUCCCUGACAUCUGUGGCCGCCGCAUCAGCGACCAACAGCGGAUGGCUCGCGCCAUCCUCUGGUUCUUCGACCACUCCAGUUGCGCCCGCGACCUUCACCGGUGGCGCGGCCCAGCAGGAGCUGCCGGGAGCUGUGUUGAGCGUGGCCGUUUGUGUGGCCGUUGCUGUCGUUGGCUUGUUCUUGUAG